AUGGAUCUGGAUCGUCCAAUUUACAUGGACAUGGAUGGGAGUCUUGCUACGUUGCGCCGCAGCAACAUUCAAGCAACAUUUAGUAUUGGUAAGAAAAAGCUGUUAAUCCAGUCAACGAAGACUCGCAAAGAAGGAGGAGGCCACACGAUGGCGGAGUUCCGACAGGCGAAGCAUACAAUCAUCUUGGUGCAGUACACGCGUGACCCGAACUCACGCACGUAUCUGGACUUUGAAUCGGUGAACGGCGGUAUGGACGGCGUGGUAAAGAUGUAUGAGGCGAAGCUGAAGCAGUUGAAUCCAGACUUGAAGAACAUUACGUACGACAUUCAGGACCUGUAUACGUACAUUGAUUCGCUCACGGAUCUUAGCGCUCUUGUGUUAGACCUUGAGACCAAGACAUACCUGCCCUGUGGCAAGGAAUGGAUCAAGAAAAAAGUCUUUCAGGUGCUGAAGAAUCAGGCCGCAUAA